AUGCCAGUCGACACUUCUGCAGAGUUAUCUCCUAACGACUCUCCUUUUCAAUCCCCAACCUCACCACUCCAAGCUAUUAAUCCUCCGCCAGUCAACUCAAUUUCGGCACCAGCAGCAGCAGAAUCAAUGAAUGCUCCACCUGCAGGUCAAACCCCGACUUCCCCACUGGCCACUCCGGAGCCCAAUCCAAUUCCGACUGCAACUAUGCAAUUAUCGGACACUGGGCUGAAUUUGGAGCUCCAAAUUCAACGAAUUAUUGAACGUGAAGUUCAAAAUGCCGUUGCAAAAGCAAUGGAUGCAAUGUUACCUACUAUUGCACCACAUUUUACUGUUUCGUCUCCAUCGAGUGUUGCCUCAGCUAAUGGCACUACCAACGAAACGGUCGUCAUCCCUCGUCCAGACUUGACGAACAAUACGGCCACUUCAGAUCCAAGUACCGUCGCACUGUCCACUAGUCAUCUUGCUACCAAUAUCAUGAGUCAACCACAGUCAUCAACUGUCACUCUUUCAGAUGCACCCGCAUCCAAAUUGGUUAAUAUUAGAAAGAGGCUCCAAGACCUUGAUCAAAAAUUAGCACCAAAAAGUGUUAAAUUGACCGAUAUCGCUCGAAUUCACGAGCAUUUAGCAGUCAUUCAUGAUCCAAACUCCAAGCUUGAACAAUUAUAUGGGGAGUAUUACGAUCUCUUAUGGUCAAUCCCAGUUAGUGAACGCUCUAAGGAGGAGAAGAAUGCACUUAAGCAAUUCGAGAUAGGGUCUUUACCUUCGCACAGGUCAAUUGAUUCGAGGGUCAAUUUCCGUAUGUGGAUGCAUGAGCUAUUAUAUUUUAAGCUCAAGUACUAUAUCCCGGAUCUUAUCAUAGGAGCUGUGAUUAAACCUGCUGCGCAGAAAACGCAGGAUACCAAAAUAAUUCAAGCUGCUCGCGUUGCUCUUCAAACAUUAGAAGAUCUGCCUAUCAUCAAUUGGCAAGUCCUAGUUGAUUUGUUAACUCAUUUGGACAAAAAGCCCAAUAUUUAUUCGUUAGAGGCUCAAGUAGAGUCCCAGUUAAAUUCUGACGAUUACAUUAUUACCAAGGUCAGUGCAUUACAUGGCCUCAUUAAUUUACAAAAACAUGACGUUAAUGUUCGUCAGUGGAUCUUCAUUUGGAAACUUAUCUUAGACAAACUCCCAUCUCUUAUGGAACAAGUGUUAGCAACUACAACAUCCACUCUGGUCAGAAGUACCCUUGGAGAAAUCAAUUAUACCCCAAAAGAAUCUUUACACAAACUCAAUUAUCAGCAAGCAGAAGAUUUUAUUUCUAUCUGGGACAUCACCAUAGUAGCUUUAAAAGAAAAAGUCAUGUUACUGAAACCAUUUGA